GGGCGAGGGGGGGGGGGGGGGAAAAACGAACUUGAUCAGAUUCAGAAUCAGCCCACAUUUAUACAAAAGACAAUACCGCCAUGGAUGACGAGAGCAAGAAGAGAAAGGAGAGACUGGAGCAGCUUAAGAAGAGAAAACUCGAGUCGACAAGCAAUGGAAACAAGGAUGUCAGUCUGUCAUUUCGCAACUACACGCCGCUCAACGGUGAACUGAAAGCUGAUGAUUCGAAUAUUACCACCACUGCCGAUAUCGGCGACACCGUCGAGAAGAAGAUGGAGGGUGUUGUCGAAAGAGUUAUUCAAGAAGAGGAAGAAAAGCGAGCCAAGGAUGUCGACAUUUUCACGCUGGCGCCUAAGAAACCAAACUGGGAUUUGAAGCGCGAUGUCGAGCCCAAGUUACUCAAGCUCGAAAAGAAGACCCGUGCCGCCAUUAUUGAACUUAUCCGACGAGAGAGACCUCACGACCUCAGCAUGGCGUAGCGUCAUAAUUCGAAGGAUUUUUUUCUAUCUCCGCAUCAUUGUACUAUAUUCAACAACACCAUCGUCAACGAUAAUAAAGAAAAACGAGAAAAAUACGAUAUUAUACAGC